AUGAGUGAUAGUAUAGAAACACUAGCUAAUGCUGGUCUAAUAUCAUUACCUGAAAAAUCUGAUGAAACAAAAAAUAAAAUCGAUUCAAAUAAUUUUUAUCCAAUAUUAAAUGAAGCAGUAAUAGAAGCUAAAAAUGAAGAAAAACGAAUUGAUGAUGACAUUGUUAAACUUACACCAUAUCCAACACUUGUUGAAUUAAAAUCAAUAAUUGAUGAAGAAAAAUCAAAUGUAUCUACAAUUAUUGAACCACCAUCAAUUGAACCAUUAAAAAAUUUUAUUGAAAAACGUGCUAUAACAAUAGAAGGAUUAAAACAACUUCGUAUUCGAAUAACUAAACAUAUUAAAAAUUGUAAAAUUUCAAAUACAGUUGGUAAUUCAGCUUCAAUUAUUGGUGGAAUUUUAUGCUUUAUUUUUCCACCAGUUGGUGUACCUGUUCUUCUUGCUGGUAGUGCUACAAGUCUUGGAACAACUAUUACAGAAAAUGUUAUCGAAAAACGUCUUCGAACAGAAUAUAAUGAAUUAUUAAAAGAAGAUUCAUUGGCAAUGAAAGUAUGUGAAUCAAAUUUAAAAGAUAUAACAACAUGGCUUGUAACAGUUUAUUCACUUGGUUAUACUGUAUCAAAAGCUGGAGUCAAUUUUUUAAAACUUUCUGAAGCUAUUCAAGCAUCUUCAACAUUAAAAACAUGGGGUGAAUUAAUUGGACAAUUACCAUCAUUAGGUAGUGCUCUUGCAACUGGUGCUAAAACAGUUGGAACUAUAAGUGGAAAAAUUCUUGGUGUAUCAGUUAUUAUUUCUGUUGCUGAUCUUAUUCAAACAUGGAUAUCAAAAAAUGCUACAUUAACAUCUAUUGAUAAAGAUAUUUCAUUACUUGAACAACAAUUAAUUGAAUUAAAACGUAUUGCUGAUGUUUAUCAUGCUUAA